AUGGGCGGGGUUCCGCAGGCCGCCCUCCCUCCGUGUCGCACUAUCCCGUCGCGCUGGCAGCUUCCUGUCCUGGGGCUGCUCCGCGCGCCGGCAACGCGGGCACCGACCCCCCGGCAGGGCCAUGCGAGGCGGUACGCGGUGCUGGCGGGACACCGAGCUCAUCGCUGGCCGUGCCACCGCUACGGCAUCCGGCACGGGCGGCCGGUCGUGGGAUCAACCCGGAAGCUGUACGAGAGGAAGAUCUGCGAAUACGAGAGUCAGCGCACCAAGCUGUCGCCCCCGGGGGGCUACUCAGAUCCUGCCACUACCGAGACCUACAUCCGGGAAUCUUACAGCUACCCGCAGCAGGAGGAGCGGCACCGCUAUGGGGCGGACGACUCCAGCCCCACCACAACGUACUCGCGGGCACAGUAUGAUUUCCCUCGUUGUGAGGGUCGCACCGGCUACCUGGGGGAUGACGUGGACAAAGAAUCUUCCUCCUCCUCCUCCUCCUGGCUCUAUGGGGCAGCCCCAGGUCCCCUGGGGGAAGCCACCGCCCGCCAGCCGGUAAGUCCUCUCCUGGGGGCGGGGGGCAGGGGGCUGGGAUGUGACCUACCCAGAUAAUGUCUCAGGGGUGCAGGCAGCCUGGCCUGGGAAAGGGGGAGGGAGGGGAAGAAAUAGGUGCCCCCCCUUUGGUACUACCAGCUUUCCAAUCCUCUCACUCCCCCCUACUUGGUCCUACCACCUCUGACCCCCAACUCUGCCCCCAUCCCAGCACCAUGGGGGGCAGUCCUGGAUUCAGCUGCUGGCCCGGCCUGAAAAACUGAAACCUUAAACCAUUUGCUGCCGGGCGAUGUUGGGCCCAGCGGAGCUGGAACUGAAUUUGGGCGAAAUUGUCUAGAAACCGAAGCAACUUCCCGGGAGUUGAUUUUCGGCCGGGUCAAUAAAUUCUCUCACCUGUAGUUCACCCCUGUAGGAAAGAUAAAGAACCUGCCCCGGUUUGGUGCUUAAAGCCAGGGAGUUUAGUACAGGCAGAAACGCCGCCCGUCUCCAGGACGCUGGCUUCUGCCGCGGCAUUACGUCCCCCAGCCCAGCGAUCUCCCCGAACGACCCUUGGAAUGGAUGAUUUGACAAUUUACCAGCCUCUCCCCGUCCUCGACACCCAUCCCAGUUCAUUGACUGGCCUCCCACGUACCCCCCAGCGUGGCCUGGGACGGAACAUUUCUACGUGGGACCAAGUUCUCCUGUUCUAAGAGCAAAACCCACUUCAGCUUUGCACUGAGGCCGGUUCAGGGCAGGGAACUGCGAGAAAUGUAGCUCCAAGAUAUUGUUCUGGUGAGAGCGUGAACUGGUGUGAUAACACCUACUGAUAAUGGGGC